ACCGGGUAUGCUGAACGAGAAUUCGCCGACCAGACGGCGGCGAGCCGAUGCGUAAUAGAAGUGGCAUCGUUAAGAACUCGGCGGAGAUUAUCGCCAAGACCAGCUUCGGCAUCAGCGAAGAGAAGGGGAAUCGAUUGUUCAAGAAGCAGCAGAUGCUGUUCCGGCGAGAUCCUGUGCUCCAAGAAGUCCUACCAAGCGUGGAGGUUGGGGAAGCACAUCGAUAGGCUUCUCCAUGACAUCGUCUGUUCCCGACGGGAACAGGGUGAUUCUGAGGCGGAGCAGCAGCAUGACCUCCUCAGACAGCUCCUCGAGGCCGAGAAUCGAGACGGGAGAAGGAGGAAGUUUGCUGCGAGGGGCUUCAUGGACGAGUAUAAGACUUUCUUCUUCACCGGCCACGAGACCACCGCGCUGGCCCUCUGUUGGCCCUUAAUCUUCCUGGCCCUGCACCCGAAGUGGCAGAGCAUUCUCCGGGAAGAAGUCGAGCUAGUUUCCGUCGGCCGGCCUUUUGACUCCGACGUGCUCUCCAGGUUAACAAAGGCAAAUAAGAAGAAUUGAUGGUGCAAGUAAUUGCAGAUGGGGAAGGUAUGGAACAAGGUGCUCCGGCUGUACUCGCCGGCACCGAACGUGCAACGGCAGGCAAGGGAGGAGGUCCGCGUCGGGGAUUUGGUGGUCCCCUAGGGGACUAACAUGCGGACGUGGUGGGCAUGCGCCACGACCCGGAGCGAUGUUGUGAGCGAGUUCAGGCCGGAGAGGUUCGAGGAGUACCGUGUCCACGGUGGGUGCCAGCAUUGGAUGGGUAGGGAGGACCUGCGUCUGGCGCAACAAAAGACGGUGGAGAUCCUUUGCCGAUAUCUAAGCGAGUAAAAAUUGGGGUUGUUUUUAGAAAAUCGGAGAGUCGCACUCGCUGGACAUUGGACGGUGAAGAUCCUUCGUCAACAAAGAGCUAACCAGAGGAAAACGUGGCCACCAUUUAUCAUCACUGAUGCUGUGUUUGGGAUCGAGGCCGCCCAACUAUUUGCCUAAGGCCUAAGGGGCAUUCGAUCGAGAGAAUCCUUCCGAUGCCGGAGAACGUGAUGGAGACGAAAGCGAAGUAGGGAGUCAAUCAAAGGCCAGCAACGAUGGAUCGUCUUCUGAAA